AUGGGAAAGGCGAGGAAGACGAGAAGGUUUGCGGAGGUCAAGAGGAUGCUGAACCCCAAGGACGAUCGUCUGAUCGUCAAGAAGCGAGAUGCUGACAAGAAGAAGAAGGCUAACCCUGACGAGCCCGAAGUUAAGACAGUGACCGUUGCUCCCUCUGCCCUCUUCUUCUCCUAUAACAGCCAGCUUGGCCCUCCCUACCACGUUAUCCUCGAUACCAACUUCAUCAACUUCUCGAUACAGAACAAGCUCGACCCGAUCAAGGCCUCCAUGGACUGUCUCUACGCCAAGUGCACCAUCUACAUCACUGACUGCGUCAUCGCCGAGCUGGAGAAGUUAGGGCAGAAGUACCGAGUAGCUCUGCGUAUCGCCAAGGAUCCGCGAUUUGAGCGGUUGCCCUGCACUCACAAGGGAACGUACGCGGACGACUGUAUCAUGGAGCGGAUCCAGCAGGCGCGAUGCUAUAUAGUAGCCACGUGCGAUCGAGACUUGAAGAGGAGGAUCCGCAAGGUCCCGGGAGUUCCGAUCAUGUACAUCGCACAAAGAAGGUACUCGGUCGAGCGAAUGCCUGAAGCCUUCGGAGCCCCAAGGCAGUAG